AUGUUGUAUUUGAAACGAGUUCUAGCAGUGAAUGUUGUUGGAACACUCAAUGUUAUCCGGCAUGCACUUGAUUUAGUGACACAAAAUGAAAAAGAUGAAUCGGGAUGUCGAGGCGUUGUCAUCAGUACGUCAUCAUUCUCAUCGUUUGAGCCACAGUUCGGGCUAGGGUUUGAUGCGAUGUCUUCUGGAGCUUUGAAUAGUGCUACAUUAGCUUUAGCAAAAGAUCAUGCUUCGGAUGGUAUUCGAUUUGUCACCAUUGCCCCAGGCAUUUUCCGGACACCUUUGGUGAUUUCCCAUAUGAAUGAAUUGAAUGUGGAAAUGUAUGAGAAAAUGGUGGAACUUCCUGCGCGAUUAGGCAUACCGGAAGAAUUUGCUGCUCUCGUACUGCAUGUUAUCCAAAAUAGGUAUUUAAAUGGCGUGGUUAUUCGUUUGGAUGGUGCUCUUAGGAUGCGACCAUAA